UAAGGGGCCUAGCCUCUCGUCACCCACAAAGAGAACAAAAAUCCAAAGAGAGCAGGAAACAAUGUUAGCUUCGUUAUCACCAUCACCAGCAGCAGCUCCAUCCCCUUCCUCUAUCCUCUCUUCAUCGAAAUCAAUCUCUAAUUUCCCUUUCGUUCAGAGACUGUCUACUCCCAACCCAAACGCCUCUUCGUUCUCCAAUAUCGAAGCCAAGGCCACCACUCGCCGAGACAGCCGAACUGCUCGCCACCAGCGCAUCCGAAAGAUGGUUGAGGGUACCCCAGAGAGACCAAGGCUGUGUGUUUUCCGUUCGAACAAGCAUAUAUAUGUGCAAGUGAUUGAUGACACUAAGAUGCAUACUUUAGCAUCGGCUUCAACAAUGCAGAAACCUGUAUCUGAGGAAUUACCUCCCUCAAGUGGUCCAGAUGUUGAGGUUGCGAAGAAAGUAGGUGAAGCCAUUGCUAAAGCUUGCACGGAAAAAGGAAUAACAAAGGUGGCCUUCGACCGUGGCGGAUAUCCUUACCACGGACGCAUAGAAGCCCUCGCUGCCGCUGCUCGAGAAAAUGGCUUGCAGUUCUGAAACCCUUUUACUUUGUAAAAAAGCUAGCCUGUAUCUCAAAUUUCUUCUCAUUUCCCUGCAUUCUGUAUUUCCUUUCAUGCAAGUGUUUCCAAGGAGUUCUAGGGUGAUGGCUGCCAACAAUGGAGCCAACUUUUUUGGAAGUGAGCAGAAGCUAUACUUCAUGGAAUGUAGUGUUGUAUUUCUAACUUCAUUAAUGCAUGAAAGACAUCAUGAGCUACAUUCUGCAUUACCUUCUCUCAUGCACAAAAUGGCUUAAAUGAGAAUAAAUAUAUGUUUGAAGUAGCG